CCUAGGCGUAAGAAUACUUUCUUUUUCCUUUAUUUUUUUUCUCCAGCUCUUAACAUUUCUCCAGGGUUUUCGUUAAUUCUUCAUCAAUUUGGUGGAUGAACCCUAAUCUCGAAUCUCAACUGUAAACAACAACCGGUGAUUUCGUAGUUUGAUUAUUUAAAUCGACAUGGGUUCCGAUGCUGAUAUGGAAGAUUACGGAUUUGAGUACUCGGACGACGAUGGAGAUGAGCAGGAUGUGGACAUUGAGAAUCAGUAUUAUAAUUCUAAAGGAUUGGUUGAAACUGACCCUGAAGGUGCUCUUGCUGGUUUUUCUGAGGUUGUUGGCAUGGAAUCAGAAAAGGCAGAAUGGGGGUUCAAGGCUUUAAAGCAAACAGUGAAGCUUUAUUAUCGGCUGGGGAAGUAUAAAGAGAUGAUGGAAGCAUAUAGGGAAAUGUUGACUUACAUUAAAUCAGCCGUGACAAGGAAUUAUAGUGAGAAAUGUAUAAACAACAUUAUGGAUUUUGUUUCCGGUUCAGCUGGCCACAAUUUUGAUCUCCUCCAAGAGUUCUACCAAACGACGCUUAAAGCUCUUGAAGAGGCUAAAAACGAGAGACUAUGGUUUAAAACAAAUCUGAAGCUUUGCAAGAUCUGGUUUGACAUUGGUGAAUAUGGGCGAAUGAACAAGAUAUUGAAGGAACUUCAUAAAUCAUGCCAAAAGGAAGAUGGUACAGAUGAUCAGAAGAAAGGAACACAAUUGUUGGAAGUGUAUGCAAUUGAGAUUCAGAUGUACACUGAAACAAAGAACAACAAGAAACUUAAGCAACUAUACCAGAAGGCACUCACUGUGAAGUCAGCAAUACCACAUCCAAGAAUAAUGGGAAUAAUUCAUGAAUGUGGUGGGAAAAUGCAUAUGGCUGAGCGUCAGUGGGCAGAAGCAGCCACUGACUUUUUUGAAGCAUUCAAGAAUUAUGAUGAGGCUGGAAACCAAAGGCGUAUCCAAUGUUUGAAAUACUUGGUUCUUGCAAACAUGUUAAUGGAAUCUGAGGUGAAUCCAUUUGAUGGACAAGAGGCAAAGCCUUACAAAAACGAUCCUGAAAUUUUGGCAAUGACCAAUUUAAUAGCAGCUUAUCAGCGCAAUGAGAUUCUUGAGUUUGAGAAAAUUUUGAAGAGUAACAGGAGAACAAUCAUGGAUGAUCCUUUCAUUAGGAAUUACAUUGAAGAUCUAUUGAAAAAUAUAAGGACACAAGUUUUACUGAAGCUAAUCAAGCCUUACACAAGAAUCAGGAUACCUUUUAUUUCUAAGGAGCUUAAUGUUCCAGAAGCAGACGUUGAGCAGCUGUUAGUGUCGCUAAUUUUGGACAACCGAGUUCAAGGCCACAUCGACCAAGUGAAUAGACUGUUGGAGCGCAGUGACAGGUCUAAGGGAAUGAAGAAGUAUACAGCUAUCGACAAGUGGAACACACAGCUGAAGUCUUUAUAUCAAACAGUUAACAACAGAGUUGGUUGAUAUUUGUUCUUCCAAACUAAAUGGGUGAUUUUCGUCUCAUCUAAUUUUGUGGUAUCUCCAUUUUUCUAGAAUGGGGACAUAGUCGGACAAAUGGGUCUCGAGAUGGAUUAGUCGCGGCAACGGCAGUGUUCUGCCAAUAAUUCUCUUUUCUGCCCCUUUUUUUGGUCCUUCAAGCUGUAAAUUGGAGCUUUUUAGUAGCUUAAAACAUUUUAUACAUUGUCUGGAUCUUCUUGAUGUUGAUUUUGUCGAAAUUACAGUCCACUUAGCCUUU